GCUUUGUGCCCGAUUUGUCAGGUAGUCGAGGUCCCGCGUUUGUGCGAAUUGGCCAGCGAGCUUCGAGUGUCCGUGACGGGGUCCUCGAGCGAAUUGAUCGGCUCGGCGAAGCGAGCAUAUACGAGCGAAGGAGAGUCCAGGAGCCGAAGGGUUUAGAGCCGAGGUCGGAGCGAUGUCGCGAGCCGCGGCGAAGGCCUCGGCUUCCGCGGUCGACGAAGCGCAUCCGGGCGAAAUUUCCUCGAUCGAAUGCUGAAUCUCGGAGAGCGGGUGAGUGCAGCCGUCGUGUGGCGUGGCCCCCCGUGGAUAGUAACGCGUCGAUAAACGCGAGAUCGGAGAGAAAUCGUACCGGACCGUUCGCUCACGGUCCGAGUCAGUGUCGGCCAAAAUGGCAUCGCAAGCCGAAACCGCCGUGGCCACGAGCUCGGCCAGUCCACCAGCCAACGGCUCGCCGGGGACGCUCGCCUCCGUUAUCGCCACCUCCAAGGUGCAACCUCUGCCCAAUGCGCUCUCCCCGCAGCCCCAACAACAGCAACAGGCCAACAACUACGAGCCUAUCGACAAGAGCUCCUCGAAUACUCUCAAGCGCAAUCCGAAAAUGGAAUUGAGCAAAACGGAUUUGCUGAAACUGCUAGGCUACUUGGAGGGAGAGCUGCAGGCUCGAGACAUCGUUAUAGCAGCUUUGAAAUCGGAGAAAAUGAAGCAUCUUCUUAGUUCACGGUAUCGCAGUGGAACUUCCGAUCCUCAUGCAGCCCUUGCAAGAGAUUUUGCAGUCGUCGGUAGCUGUAUCGGAGUGGACGGAAGUCAGGUCGAUCAACAGGUCGCGAGUUUGGAAGCGCUUGUCACCCAACAAAGACGCAUGCAAUGUCGCAUGGCUAAAGUUCUCAAGGAUGCCGAGGUCAGACAUCAAGCGGUGAUUAAAGAGCUAGAAGAGGAAAAACGAAAGCACGAGCACGACACUGCCCAGGGCGACGACAUCACUUAUGGUCUGGAAAAAGAGCGGACGCGUCUAAAGAAAGAACUUGAACUUGAAAAGCAAGAAAAGAAACGCUUGGAAUUAGAGUUGAAGAAGUCUGCGGAGACCCUGGACGAGAUAAAAGGCCGCAAGAAGCAAAUUGUCUUGCUUUUAUUAGCCGAACGGAAGAAGAUCAUAAUGAAAUAUAUAGAGGAGAGGAAGAGGUCGGAAGAUCUGGCACAGAUAUUGAGCGAGGAGAAGGUUCGAAUAGACUCGAUGGCGGAAGGCCUCGAGGAGGAGAGCAAGAAGUCACUACAGAUGGAAGCCGAACUCGAGAAACAGCUCGCGCAGUUCGACAUGGAGAGACAGCAGUAUAGGCAGGCUCUGGCGAAAGAGGAGAAGAAGACGAAAGAACUGGAGGCCGAGGUGGAAAAAUUGAAAUCGGAAAUGGAGACCUGGAAAGAUACUCAAGCUCGUGGCCCUGUUCGAGGCGUCGGCGUUACCCCACCGCCGCCACCGGCCAAACCUGCUAACUUGACUGCCAUGCCAACCUUGAGGCCGGCUAGUGCUCCCCAAACGAUUAAAGGCGCGGUGCUGGGCACGGGAACACCCAUGGUUAGUAGCAAGGUGGUCCAGCCUACCGCUACGGUGUCCAGCGUGCCUGUCAGUGGUCCGACGACAGGAAUCGCUAGAUCGGUAACACCCGGACAGGCUCUACGAGGCGUAGCGUACACUGCUACCAUGCCCCCGGCAGUCAGUGAAUCUACAGCUCCGACAGAGCCACAGGCCGCCGAGAAGAGACCGGUCGCUGCGGCUUCGGCGAACCCUGGGGGCGCGGCGAAGGCUCCGGGGACCCAGCCUCCUGGGAAGAUCGGCUUCCACGUGGGGUCCGUUCCCGGGACCCAGAAUCCGGGGAUCCUGACGGGGAAGAAGCCCCCCGUGUCGCGCGGGGUUCCGCCCCCGGUGCCUCCGAACAAGCCGGUGGUUCCCCCGAAGAAGGAGGCCGCUUUCCUCCGGAGGACCGAGCCUCCUCAGGCUGGCCAGGACCCCCUCAAGUUCAAGCAGCCUCCCACGCAUCCUGCCGCUCCCUCGGGAACCCUGCAGACGCAGCAAUCCGUUACGGACUCCGCUUACGCUUACGAGGAGGAGACGAGGCCACGUUGAUGCGAGAUCGCCGAGGCAAGAGUUUAGUUAAGAGGACCAUCGCGUCAAGGCCCAAGAGGUACCAAAAGACGGGAGUUAAAGGACUGGCCCGGACGGACGUUCCUCCUUCCAAGAUGCGGAUCGGGCCCCGUUGAGCCGCUCUUAUUAGUUCUUUGUGCCGGUCCGUGUAUGUCGCUAGGGUUUCUAGCCGAUUGAGUCGGGUCACGCCGAAGCCCGGCUCGGUAGAACCUGUACAAUUCUAAAAGAGGCGCGAGUCUUAGUUAACGAUAUACGAGUAGAUAGAUAGGCCCGGUAGGUUCCUAGUUCCCUGUCUACCGUUGGGCUAGACUGUGUUACACGUGGAUUAGUGCCCGUAAAAGUAAAUAUCAUAAUCUAGCGGACGAUAGGAGUUAUUAUCUCGGGAUCCAUUCUGCGCUCCGUGUACGUCAUCGUCACUGCCUUUACUCUCAAUUGCGUAAUGAGUCUUAAACUGGCGACCUGUACCGAUCCUCAUCGUCGUUUGCCGACUAAGUUUCGUCCGUUGCAGGUGCAUCUUAUCGUUAUCACCUGUCGCACCAUAUCGACGGAUACGCUUUUUUUCUUUUUUUUUUAUAUCGCGCUUUCGAUGUCGCGGCGAAUCGUCGUCUAUCGGCUAUUGCGACUCCCGCGUUGAAAUCUCCGCUGGGGCGUAUGGAAAAUAAACGAAAUUAUUCAUAACUCGGAGAGAAUUCCUCGAUUUAAUUCUUUCGGUUUUGAGUAACUUCGUUUGUUGUCCAUUUAUACGGGACGGAUUUUCAAGGCGAAAAUAAUGCAAAUAGGGCACACGAGUCUACCGAAGCGCCGAUUUGCUGUACUUUCGUUUGAGCAGUAGGGAUCGUGGGAAUUCGUCGGCGUAUGUGCCAAUUAAAACUUGUGCAUAAUUCCGGGUCAAGGAAUGUACUGUCGUGAUUGCGAUACUCCGAGUGACGGCAAUGAAAUAGAGUCCCUUGGGAAGUGCCCAAGAACGUUAAGGGGUCCUAUGGAAUCCUGCCGUUUCCUUAGAUUUAGUUAAGACAUUUCUAUUCGGCAGUGAUGUGCGACAUGCCAAGACGCGCAUUCGAAUAAAUGGGAAAUUCCCGAACGAGUUUAGGGCUUUAUUUCCCAGGAACAUAGUCAAGAUUCGAUUACUGGGAAUCUAUAUAUUUCGUUUCUCCCUUAAGACGAACGCGGAAGUGUAAAUAUAUUUUUCUGUACUUUACAUGAAUUCUUUUGUAAUUUAUUCUCAAGAAGUACUCUCGAUAAGAGCGCUUAUCGACAUCGCAUCGGAAAUGGCGCGAGUUAUUCGUUUACAUUUUUGUAACGUAAUCACUUAUUCGUUACUCGUGGACCGAUCUUUUUGUAUACAUGUAUAGAGGAUGCAGAAUCCGUGAAAUCGCAAUCUAACGCCGAAUUUUGCUUCGGAUUUUACAUUGCGCUAGUGUACAAUAAUUGUUAGCGACUGCGUAUCUGUAACGCUAGAAAUUAAAUCUAGAGAGUACGUGACAUGACAUACUUUGCAUCUACCUUGGACGUGACAAUGUCAGCGCGUCUAUGUAUCGAUAAGCAUAAGGUGCCGUUAAAAAGUUAACGAGCAGUUUACCGAAUGAAAUGAUUUCUUUUUUUCUCGUGUGAAAUUGCGACAGCCAAAAUAGUUUUCACGGAAAAAUAGAUCCAAUCGACUUCGAUCAAGAUGGCGAUCACCGCGUAGAUUGGACGACCGAAAAGUCGGUGUUUCGGUAUCAAUUUUGUAAAAAGGCGAUUCAAACGAUCGAUCCCUUUGUCUGGAAAUCGACUGGACCGAUCUGGAUUUUUAUACGAAGUUUUCAAUGGUGUAAGUUUCUGCCAAUUAUUCUUGGGAUUUCGAGGGCUGAUUUAUAAACGUCAACAGGAUAUCUCCAUCUUUCCGAGAAAUGCAAUAUUUUGUACUUUUUAAAAGACAUAUACAUAUAUAUAUAUUCCGUAAUUUCCACCCACCGCACUGCUCGAUUAAUGCUCGCGCGAAUUGACCAAUACUCUGGAAGAACGCAGCUUCGCCGUCGAGGGCAAGAAAAGGGACUUUUCAUGACUAUAUAUGAUAACUGUUGUAAGUGCAUAAUUGCGAGAAGACAUGACUGUCGGACUCUAAUCAUUCAUUCCGACUACCGAUUGCAAGGUCGUCGAACGCGAUGUACUCUGAAGGAAAUUGUUAAUUUAGAUGGUAGUACAGAUUGUACAGAGUUACGUUUCGUUUGUGUGACACUUGCGCGAGCGAGCCCGAGUAAUAUCGAUUACCGAUACCGCGAAUAAUUCGCGGAUAAGAGUAUGUAAACGUGAUACUGGUAUUACAUGUAAACCCGUUGUUGAAGCUCGAAAUAUCGGGCCCAAGUAUCACCGAGUUUGUAUAUUGUCGCGAGCGAGUAUCAAUGUACGUUUCUAACUGCAAUUAUAUAGCGUAAGUAAACAUCGUGUACAUGUAUGUAUAAAUAGCGUUAUUGCGGUCGUAAACGAAGACUAUGUAUAAUGUAUCCUAUUAUCGCAUGAUCUCUGGGUUACGUGUAGUACUCGCGGCAUUGUACAGUCUUCCGAAGUAAAAUUCUGACGAAAAAGCGGGGUCCGAAUUGCUAUCUUUUUUUUCUUCGUCAGACCCUCGAUCUUCGCUAUCAGAGAUACGAGAAGGUCUGGAAGAACGAACGCCGGAAAUAAAUAAAUAAAUAAUUAAGUAAAUUAAAUAGUGGCUCACAGUCGUCGGAGGUGCUCGAGUAAAAAAGUAUGUAUGGACUGCACGCGUACACGGAGUAGGGCAGUAAUUACUUUUACGUGAAAUGUCUUCAUCGAUAAAUGUUAAUGCCACUUUGGUUUCUUUUUUUCUUUUCUUUUUAAUGAACUGGACUUUUCAUGCCCGUAAAAAAUUUUGUGUGCGCAUCGAUAGGUACAAAGUACGUGACAUAUGUCGCAUGCUAAUCAUAUUUAAUCCACACAUCAGUUUUUUACUCGAGUAAUUAUCUCCGAGGUGAGUGAGCUUUGUAACGCGAAAUGACUUACGAUAGACAACAGAAUGUUACUAUCCAGUAUACAAGUAAGAUUAAGGAUACUUUGAUAUGCGCAUACCGCUAGUCUAUUUUCCUUUGUCGUCGAUUUCCCAAAGUUGCGAAGGAUUUAUUGUAUAUCGGAUGACAUCUUCUCGAAGCAAGUGAUAAGUGUGACCGCCUGAUUUUCGUACAAGUGCGUGUAUGAAGUACUUUGCAAUUGCAACGCGCACCGUGUUGGAGUAAUGCGCCUCCUCGAUGGAAUUAAUUCACUUUAGUAAACGCAUAAUACAUUGAUUUCUAGUUGACAUUAGAUUCUAGUUUCCCAAGGUACCGUCAUUGCGAUUGCAAAGAGACUCGAGAAAAACCAGUUACUACUCUUUGGAUACGAAAUAAGAUUAAGCAGACUUUGUUACCGUGCAUAAUACUGGCUUCGAUUUAGUUUCUAAUCGAAGUCCAAAAUUAUGGAAGAGAUUCCUUUUCUCGGACCGAUUAGUAGAUGUAAUCUCACGAUUUUCUUAAUUGACUUCAUUCAUUGACACCGUGAUGCAUUCCAACGUGGUCAUUAGAUUUUCCUGUGUUCUCUGAGUAUGAUUUAAAUUGAUGACGAGUGUUCCGUGCAAUUUUUAGUACAAUGAUCCCACGUGCGAAUGCACUGUGACUUUCGAUACAAAACGGUUACUUCCCUUUACAUGCGAAAGUGUUAGUAGAUUUUAUUGAAUUAAGCACAGUUUGAUAUGCGAAUAAAGCUCGCCGCUGUUUCUCCGAAAAUACAAAGGAUGCUGUGCCUUCUCGAUGCAAGGCAUGACUAACCCUCUAAAGCUCCUAUAGAAGUCUCCAUAAGGUGUCAAAUAAUGUACUUUGUACAUUUUAUACAGUAAAAGGCAAUACAAAACCAAAUUUUUACUCAUCUUUAAUGUGAGAGAUAUGGGCGAACCGCAUCUUCGCAAGCGCUUGCGGCUAAUUUUCAUUUUCAUGGACGUUCAAUGCUAUAUUUAAGUCUGCAUUUUUUUCAAUGUGAACGACGAUGCAGAAAUUCAUGUACUUUCCAUGCGAGAUGUAAUGAGAAAGAACGCACCUAUGAUCUGCGGUUAAACACGAUAUCUGAUACCAGCAGCUUAGCAUUAAUUUCCUGAUCCCGAAAAAUGUGAACGAUAGAAAUCGCAUUGAGCAAUUAAAUGGUUUUCUUUGAAUCUUUUAAAACAUUUACAUACAAUAAAAGAAUGUCUAUUUUUUUUUUUUAUUUAAAAACCGAAGCACAUGUCUAUGAAGGGUAUAUCCAGCUCUACGAUGUAGGUAUGCCGAUAUGUAAGUACGAUUGAUCGAUUGGUAGCUUAGACGUGUGUAUUCAUUAAAAAUAAAUGAAAAAUGUUGUACUCCGAUAAGGAACGUGGGAUAAAAAUGAUAACAGAAUUAAUGAAUGAAGAUCAAUGCGAUUUUUAUACAUUAAAGUAUGAAAGUUGUCUAGCAUGUGUAGUAUCCUAUUGAUAUAGAAAUAAUUGGAGUUAAAAGUACUCCACUGCAAUAGACGAGGUGGAAAGUUUAAUCAUUAAAGAAUAGAGUGACUAAUGUUGUAUAGGUGCGACGAAGCCACUCUUCCAAGCAAUAGAGAAACAUUUACAUAUAUAUGAUAGGACAGUUCUUGUUACCUAUUAUUUCUAUAAAAACGAAUCAAUGAAUGCUUCUCUGAAUCAAUGAUGGAUUAUUAUAUGGCAACAACAGUUUUCUACUUUAUCAAUGACGUUAUUUAACUCUUCGCUAGCGACUUUAGCACCGAAGGUUCAUAGCCUCGAGGUAGUAUUUAAUUGUUGAUUUUUUUUUUUUAACUGAAAAUGUGCAUUCACUUGUAUAAACCGUAACUACUCAUUGAUUCAGUUUUCAAGACUGCGUACUUGACUUUGGAAUAGGGUCAUUAAUUAUUGAACAGGACGUGGUUAAUGACUGCAACAUAGCUAAUAUAUAAAAUGGCUAUUUUAUAUAUGCUACAUUGUUAAGAAAUUUUAGGAAGUACGGAAACUUCCGUACAGGCGACCCGAUGGAAGACGUAGGACCAAUAAUAGAUCUUCAAAGAAUUUACAUCACCCUUAAGGUCUUCAUAAAGCGUAUAUAUGGUUGUUGCUAUUAACUGACCGCUUACGGGAAUCUCUCAAUUGUUUGUCUAAUUUAUAUAUCGUGUUAAAGGACCGUAUUAAAAACGACGUCGUCUAAUUUAAAAAUCCUGUGUAUAAAUUGUUGUUUUCGUAGUCAUGAUGUAAAUAUACGAACGAGAGUUCAACGACGAAGGCCGCUUUCAUUUAAUGGGAUCCAGAAAGAGAAAUUUCAAUUAUCCUGUAUUUUGUUAAUUCCUAUAAUUUUCUUAAAAUCAGGUCAGGUGAAUCUGUAAAAUUAUAAAUUGCGAUUACAGUUAUUUCGUACCUUUCCUUAGGGAAAUCUUUUUUAUUACGAAUUUAUUGAUUGCGAGUAGCGUCGCACGUCUUGGAGUGGAAUCCAAUGGCUGCUCUUUUUCUCCCUAGCGAGUUUUCCCCUAGUGACCUCUCUCGAACCUUAUCGAAAGCCUGAAGCAAAGUGAAUUUAGCUUUAAUUCGUCGGUACCGCAUGUACACACGUAUGACCAAAAACUCAUCAUACCACUAGGAGAGCUAUCGCCUUAAGA